AUGGCCGGGAGGGGCCGUGGGGGCGGCUCGGACCCCCACGCUGCCGGCUCCUGCGGGGAAACUGAGGCACGCGGUGCCCCCGCGCCAGAGCGGGGUUUGGGCAUCACCCGCCGGGCAUCGCCCGAGCCUCGGCGGGGUCCGGACGAUACAAACACCCCCCUGGAGAGGCGGCAGCGCGACCCCCCGGCCCUUCCCCUGUCCCGCUGCGGGCACCCACAGCCGGGGGUGCCGGGGGCUGCCCGCGACGGGACGGAACCGGCCCGACCGGGGAUUCCCGACACGGGGAUGGGACCCCCGCACCCUCCUGGCACCCUCCUGGCACCUCCCGCAGCCCCGGGCAGGGCGCUUUUGGGGGGCUGCAGGAUCGGGCGCUGUGGGGGCCUCCCGCUGCCCCCCCACCCCGCGGGGCCGGAUCCGGAUCGGGGAGCGACGCGGGAGCCCCGGCGAGCAGGUCUGGUCCUGCCCCGGCAGGCAGCGAUCCCGGCCCGGCGCCCGCCGCGGGGCCCUGGGGGCGGCGGGGCCAUCGCCCGUGCCGGGGCUGCGUGGGUGCUGGCGGCUGCUGCUGCUGGCCUGGCUCAGCCUGGUGGGCACGGCGCAGCGCUCACCAUCACCUUCCUCACGCAGGACCCAGCCCUGGGGACACCAGCGAGGGUCCCCGAGCCCCCGGCCCCUGCUCGGCCCCAGGGGACCUGGGCGUCCUGGGGACCCUGGAGCUCCUGCUCCAGCUCCUGUGGGGACGGGGUCGCCCUGCGCAGCCGGCGGUGCCUGCGGAGCAGCGAGGAGCAGCCGUGCCCGGGGGACCCGCGGCAGUACCGGCUCUGCCCGCUCCAGGGCUGCCCCGCCGGUUCCGUGCCCUUCCGGGCCAUGCAGUGCUCGCUCUACGACAACCGGCCCGUGCUGGGCACCUCCGCCCGCUACCGCUGGGUGCCCUUCCACGGAGCCCCAAACCUCUGCGACCUCAACUGCCUGGCCGAGGGACACAAUUUCUACUACAGCUUCGGCCGGGUGCUGGACGGGACGCGCUGCAGCCCCGGCUCCCCGGACCUGUGCGUCGGCGGGCGCUGCCUGAGCGUGGGCUGUGACGGGAUCCUGGGCUCGGGCCCCGACGCCUGCGGGCACUGCGGCGGCGGCCACGGCUCGUGUGUGCUGGUGCACCGGCUGUUCCAGGGCUCCGACCCCUCCUCCGGAUAUUUGGGGUAUGUGAACGUCACCAAGAUCCCGGCUGGGGCCACCAACAUCAAAGUGACGGACAAGAGCCGCAAUUACCUGGCGCUGAUGGCGAGCGACGGCCGCUACGUCCUCAACGGCGACUGGGCCAUCGCGUGGCCGGGGCCCUACGAGGCCGCCGGGACCCUCCUGACCUACGACCGGGCCCCCGACGGCACCGAGAGCCUGGAGGCGCCCGGACCCACCCUCGAGGACCUGCACGUGAUGGUGCUGCUGCAGGAGCCCAACCCCGGCAUCGAGUACCAGUUCUGGCUGCCCCGCGGGCACCCGCAGCUCGGCCGCGGGGACACGAGCGCCCUGCGGCAGCCGCAGCCCCGCGGGGCCGGCAGCCCCCCGCCCCCGGAGCCCCCGCAGCCCCCGGAGCCCCCGCGGCCCCCGGAGCCCCCGCGGCCCCGGGGCUUGGCCACGGAGCCACCGCCGAGGAGCCCCCCGGGCCGCAGCCAGGAUGGGGAUAGCGCAGGGCGCUGCGGGAGGUGCCGCCCGCCCAAGGGGCGCUCGCAGCGCAUCCGGCACUUCUGCCAGAGCGACUUCGUGUUCCGCGGGCGGAUCCUGGCUCGGCGCUCGGUGGGGCGGGAGACGCGCUACGAGGUGGCGGUGCAGGCGCGGUACCGGCAGCGCUUCCCGCUGGUGGCCCGCGAGUACCUGUGGGUGCCCAGCACCUGCGGCUGCCCCGCGCUGCUCGAGGGAGCCGAGUACGUGCUGAUGGCGCGGCGCCACGUGAACCACGAGCACACCCUGAACCGCGUCCUGCUGCCCCCCGACGGCUACGCCCGGCCCUGGACGGCCCGCGAGGCGCGGCUGGUGCGGGAGGCGGCGCGGCACUGCCCGCACCCCCGGCCGCCCUGA